AUUCUCUUCAAUCCCUCGCUUCUGCUAGCCGACGCCGCCUCCUCUUCACCUGCGGCCACAGCUCCUCACCGCCGCCUCCAUUUCUGCCCCUCCUCCCGACUCGCCGCCGCUCCGCCCCGCAUCCGUGCGCAGCCCUCCACCAGUAGCGGUAUUUUCGGAGGGAUAAAUCGGUGAAAUCAGGUGUACCGAGCGGUACACCUCGGUAUACCGCUCGGUACGCCGUACCGUACCGUACCGAGCCAGCGUCGAAAUGCCGGUACGGAAGUCUUCUCCUUCGCCCCCAUGCCAUGGGCUUCCCUUUCUACUGCCCUAAUGAAACCAUCGCCAAGGUAUUGUCGGUGUCGAUCGCUCAUCGUGGCGGCAGAGGUUGCUCCUGCCAUUGAAGCCCAUAAAGUGAGCUUCUCGGUGACCAACAAGCAGGGGAAGUCGGUUCCAAUUUUGAAGAAUUGUUCCCUCCAUGUCCCUCCUGGCCAGCUGUGGAUGCUUCUUGGUCCCAAUGGUUGUGGCAAGUCCACCCUCCUUAAGGUCUUGGCAGGACUUCUAAAUCCUUCUGAUGGAACUGUGAAUAUAAAAAAACCAAGUAGCUUUGUGUUUCAGAAUCCUGAUCACCAGGUGGUUAUGCCAACAGUGGAAGCAGAUGUGGCAUUUGGUCUUGGUAAGUUUAAUCUAACAUCAGAUGAAGUUAGAUCAAGAGUAUCAGAAGCUUUAGAAGCUGUUGGCAUGCUGCAUUACUCACAAAGGCAGAUUCAGACUCUUAGUGGAGGGCAGAAACAAAGAGUUGCUAUUGCAGGUGCCUUAGCUGAAGCAUGUAAAGUGCUAUUAUUAGAUGAAUUGACAACAUUUUUGGAUGAACAUGACCAGAUAGGAGUUAUAAAGGCAGUCAAGAACACUGUGGUGGCUUCGGGAGAAGUUGCAGCAUUGUGGGUGACUCAUCGCUUAGAGGAACUCAACUAUGCAGAUGGUGCUUUAUAUAUGGAAGAUGGCCGAAUAAUGAUGCAUGGAGAUGUGUGGAGUGUUUUAAGCUUUAUAAAAGCGAAGCAAGUCCAGUACAGAGAUCAUCUUCAUCUCUAACUUCUUCACUACCAUCUCCUGCAUUUGUUGCCACCUCUUACUCUCUGUUUUUAAGGAUGAUAAGUCUCAACCAUCUCAAUCUUAUCAUGUGCUACUGCGUGCAGCUCAACCUUGUUCUGUAAAUACCCUAAUCAGCAUCUCAAUAUUAUGGUGUGCAAGUCUUGACUUUAUUGAGGAGAAAAAUAUAUUUUCACAAAUAUAUAUAUUAUUCUCACAUGAUGAAUGAUUGAACCA